CAGGUGGUACCAGGAGAGACUGCACUGGCAUUUUAUAAAGCAAAAAAUCCUACUGACAAGCCAAUCAUUGGAAUCUCUACCUACAAUGUUGUGCCCUUUGAAGCAGGGCAGUAUUUCAAUAAAAUACAAUGUUUUUGUUUUGAAGAACAGCGGCUUAAUCCUCAAGAGGAAGUGGACAUGCCUGUCUUUUUCUACAUUGAUCCAGAAUUUGCAGAGGACCCUAAAAUGGCUAAAGUUGAUUUGAUCACACUCUCUUACACAUUUUUUGAAGCAAAGGAAGGACAAAAGUUACCACUUCCAGGGUAUCAGUAAUAGUCCAAUCUACACAAUUGGACUUCUGCUGCGUGACCACCAGUUGCGA